AUGAGGGCUGCGGGUUCUCAGCACCGCCGGAGCCGGGGCUGGAUGAGUGUUUGCAGGAGAGAGGUGGCCAUUCCCGCAGGGAAUGCUGUGCAGGACACCCCUGCCGUGUCGGACAGGCGGGAGGGAGAGGAAGGACCCCAAGGGCAGAGGCUGAGCCGUGUCUUUUUGCCACGUUGGGUGCGGGAUCGCGGCUUCCGCGGCGGUUUGACCCCAAGCCCUGCCAAAUGCAGAGGCUGCUCCUGCCGGACGGUGCCUCGCACGCGGCUCGCAGAUGUCGGCCGGACCGUGCUCCCGGCGCUCUCGCUGGAGAGGAUCGUGAGAGGAGCGGGGAAGGAGGAGGUGGAGAAGGGCGAGGAGAACCACACCUGCCUUCCCCGGCCGCCGUUCGAUCGCCGGCUCCCCGCGGGCUGCGGCGGCCGCUCCGCCGGGCUGAGAACGGCGAACUCAUCGCACGGGCCCCCCCCCGGGGGCUGCAGACGGCGCUUUUUCCAGCGCUCGGGCGGCACCGUCUGCCGCGACCCCCGCGUGGGUUCAACCCCCCGCAUGGGGUGGGUGGGGAGCAGAGGAGGGGGCGCCCGAGCGGUCCCGUCCCGCUCCCGCUCGCUGUCCGGGCAUCCCGCGGGGACCACAACGGCGCGCCCCCGUCCCAUGCCAUCCAUGCCAUGCCAUGCCCUGCCGUGCCGUGCCGUGCCGUGCCACGCCACCCCUGCCCUUCCCGCAGAGCACACGUACGGGGAGGUGAACCAGCUGGGCGGCGUGUUCGUGAACGGGCGGCCGCUGCCCAACGCCAUCCGGCUGCGCAUCGUGGAGCUGGCGCAGCUCGGGAUCCGGCCCUGCGACAUCAGCCGCCAGCUCCGCGUGUCCCACGGCUGCGUCAGCAAGAUCCUGGCCCGGUACCACGAGACGGGCUCCAUCCUGCCCGGGGCCAUCGGGGGCAGCAAGCCGCGGGUCACCACCCCCGCCGUGGUCAAGCACAUCCGCGACUACAAGCAGGGCGACCCGGGCAUCUUCGCCUGGGAGAUCCGCGACCGGCUGCUCGCCGACGGCGUGUGCGACAAGUACAACGUGCCCUCGGUCAGCUCCAUCAGCCGCAUCCUGCGCAACAAGAUCGGCGGGCUCGCCCCGCCCGGCCCCCCGCCCGCGCUGCCCUGCGGCCACAUCUACCAGUACCCGUACCCCGGCCCCGCCGCCCCGCCGCCCGCCAAGGCCGCCGGGCACCCGGCCGCGCCCCUCGGGGCACCCCCCGUCGGGCUGCCCCGCUCCUGGCCCUCGGCGCACUCCGUCACCAACAUCCUGGGCAUCCGCACCUUCGUGGAGCAGGCGGGGGCUCUGGCUGGCACAGAAGGGGCUGCCUACCCCCCCAAAAUGGAAGAGUGGCCCAGCGUGAACAGGACGGGCUUCCCCGCCCCGGGCCAGGCGGUCAACGGGCUCGACAAGGCGGCCCUGGAGGGGGACAUCAAAUACCCGCAGCCCGGCCCGGGGCUCUCCUCGAUGGGCACCUUCCUGCCGGCCUGCGCCUACCCCCCCUCCACCCAGCCCGGCGUCUACGGCGGCUCCCCCGGCGGCUACAUCGGCCCGGGCCCCCCCUGGCAGCCGCAGGGGACCCCCCUGGCCCACCACGGCCACGGCGUGACCGUCCACGGCGGAGACCUGCCCGCGGCCAUGGCCUUCAAGCAGCCCGGGAGGGAAGUCGUGGACAGAAAACCCACCAGCCCUGUGGGGAAACCUCCGGACCCUCUAAACACCAUCCAUGGACUCUCUAUCCCAACCUCCUCGUCCUAG